GUUGGUACAGCUAUUAUUUUCUCAAUUAACGAUUUUACCACCUCGGGAUUUACAUUUCGUCUUUAAAGUGCCGAAAUCUUUCCAUUCCAUUCCAUUCCUCAACCACCAUGGAAGCACAGAAAGACUACGACGCCUCCUGGAGCUCCGUGACCAACUGGACAAUCGCCUGCGGUUCUCUGGAUAAAUCCGUUACUUUCGAGUCCUCUUUAGCUCCAAUCCCCGACAACAAUAAUGGUGGUAACGAAGAUGGUGCGAACCAAGUCGAGUCCGCUCGCAAAUCUCCCCUCAUCUUGUGCCCUACUUCUCCUGAUGCCUCCCCUUGCGAGAUCACCAUUACUUUUGAACAAAAACAUGAAGUGCGGCAAGUUUAUGUCCGAAGCACUGCUCGGGUUUUUGAAAUAUACUAUGCACCUUCACUUCAGUCCAUAAAUGAGUAUCUCUGUACCGUUCGUUGUGGUAUAGCUACAAGAGAUGAAGAAGUGCUUCAGACAAUGCGUAUCGAAGAAGCUGCUUUGACUCAUCCGAAGGGAGCUGAUAAAAGGCUGGAUGUAAAGAGAACGAGCAAUGAAAGUAAUUUGAGCACCACUGAAGAUGACUGGGUUGAAGUGAAAGCUCAUGAUACUUCUGUUGUUUGUAAUGGAACUGUGCCUUCAUUUUUUAAUAGAAGGACACAGGAUUUGUAUGAGGCCACUGCAGAGAUUACUGACGCAGACCCUUGCACUUCCAUCACCCUCCGUCUGCUUUCACUUCAGAAUAAAGGUUGUCUUUUUGUUGAUGAAGUCUAUGUCUUUGCUGAUCCCAUCGAUUUAGAUGAAUCAGAAAACCAGUCAGACCCAAUGGGAAACUCAGGUGGAAGUACUCUCAUGGCCAUGCUUGCUCCUACUCUUUUACAAUUAUCUAAGACAACAGUGCUUCGCCAAAUACAAAAUGAGCACACUUUUGACACACAGGAAAAAGAGAAGACAAAGAAAAGUGGGUCAAAUAUGGUUGAACCAUUGAUUUUUGCAAAUAGAAUACAAGGAGGAAAAUCCAGUUCCUCUGAUCAGCAGCAAGUGAAGCUGCAGGAAGCUGUUGAGGAGCCUGCAAAAGCAGCUCAUCAUGAAGUCCCCACUCAUGUUUCUGAUAGAGAAAUUAAGCCAGAUCAAUUGCAUAUUCAUGUUGAAAGUGUCCUGGAUCAACUUGUUUCUCGCGUGAGCAGAGUGGAGGAUCUCUUGUUAAGCUUUGAAGAGAAAAUGUUAAAGCCCAUAAGCAGUCUUGAUGCCAGGCUUCAGCGGGUAGAACAGCAACUUGAAGAGAUUGGCAGAAAGGGCCAAAAUCCUGGGUUACCAUGUUGCACAAGAUUUUAUGCUCCUGAAUUUUCAUGCUGUGAUUCUGAUCCUCACUCUUCUGGUAACAUUGGAAAAGAUCCAGUUAGUUUUGAGAAGGAUUUUUCAUCUACCUCUCCUAAUGGCAUGGAUCACUCUGUAAAUUCCACUCAACCAUUCCCAAGUCUUGUGGUUACUGCUCCUGAUUUUCCCAGUGCUGAUGAUGAGGGUGAAGAAGAUCAUGCAUUAGUGACCAACUCACCUAAAGGUAAGCCAAAGAAUGCUUUGGCAAUUGAUGAUGCCUUAGCAUCUGCCCUUGCCAGUUUCCUGUCUUCAACUUCAAUGGAGCGGCAGAAGUAUAUUCAAGCUCUUGUAGUUAAGGCUCCUGACUUUUCAAAUGAAGAGGAUGGCAGCAGCGAUAGUGAGGCUUUGCCAAAAUUGGAGGUGGAAAUCACAUCUCCGCCUUCAAGCUGUACUGCUGAGGCCAAUAUGAUGGGUUGUGUAAAAGAUUUAGCAUCACCCUCUUCAGAAUGUUUGUUAGAGAGUGCAGGGGAAGUGAUUUGCUCUCCUAAUGACAAGCACUUGAAGAGAGAAGCAGUUGAAGAUGUAGAGGAACAGUGCAAGCCUCAAGAGGAAGGAGAAGAUGAUUCACAGGUCAGGGAUAUUGACUGCAAAGUUGCCCUAGUUAGACAUGAAAUGGAAGAGGAAGACAUAGGAAAUGGGGAAGCUAGCAAGAAAUCAAAUGAAUUUUUGAUUCUUGAGGAAGCUGAAAAUCUGAGCCAGUUCCCCGAAGCUCAGGAUUAUGAUGGAUCUGAUACUACCCAGGAAGGAGUUGUUGAAAACUGUGAACUAAAGGUAGAAGCUGUAAAAGAAGGAUCUUCUGAAGGUAUUCUUCAAAAUGUUCCCAAGUUUCCACAUGCUGCUUCUUUGGUGGAUUUUGAAACUUCAAUACUGGAUGUGAAGUUUAUUUCUGAGAAGAACUCCAAUAUGAAGUUUUCCCUUGAAGCCCUUCUGUCUGACAUGUCAGUUGCAGAAUAUGAGGAUCCUUGCACAGAGGAAACCAACGGUGGUUUCCAAAUCAGUGAGCUAUCUGACUUGAUUCCAAUACUGGCUGAGGAGGAAACUGGUUCUGCAACUGGCAGUUAUUGCAUCCCAAUGGAUGAGAAUUUUUACAGUAUAAGCAAUGUCCCUCUAAACAUGGAGAAUGAAAAUCUGGAGGACUAUCAUGCAUGCAACAACCAGGUUCUUGCAAGUGCGAGUCUAAUAUGAAAAAUGCAACCAUGUAUUCCAUACUGAUGGCUUGUAGAUAAUCUGCUUUAUUUGAUGAAGAAAGGUAGGUAGGAGCUAAUUCUUGUUCUUGUUAAUAUUUAGCUUUAUCUCAGUAUGUAGUCGCAGGAACUGAUUGAAUCUCUAUUAAUAAUCUGGAUGUGUUUUAUUCACUCCAAAUUUUAACAGAUUUUUCCUCCUCCUUAACUAUUUUGAAACAUGACCAAUAAUUAAUUGGAGAAAAAUGU